AUGGCAUCCGCUUCGGGUGCAUUUAGGGCAGCUACUAGUGAGGCCACGGGAGGUGGUCGCGGAGAGGCCCAAGGUUCAGGAAGAGGGAGGAACAGAGGCCGGGGUAAUCAGAACAAUGGCAGAGGAGGCCGUUCUCAAAGAGGCCGCGGCAAAGGAGCAGCAACAGCAACAGUGAGCGGACCGAGAGCACCACAACAAACCGAGCAGGCUCUCGCACCAUCUGCACAACCCGCGGCCGCCCCGAAUUCCAUAUCCCCCGCUGCCAGCGCUGCCGAUGCCGACGAUGAUGUCGAGGCCGAGGUCUGCUUUAUCUGCGCCAGUCCGGUCAUCCAUCAGUCCGUUGCUCCGUGCAACCAUAGAACUUGCCACAUCUGCGCAUUACGGAUGAGAGCUCUUUACAAGAACAAGGAAUGCGCCCACUGCCGAACGGCCGCUCCAUACGUCAUCUUCACGGACGAUGCCACCAAGCGAUUCGAAGACUAUUCUAACGGUGCUCCUGAUAUCACAACUACUGAUGACAAUAUUGGCAUUCGUUACAACAAGGAGGACAUUGUGGGCGACACCGUCUUGCUGCUGAGAUACAACUGCCCUGACACUGAGUGCGACUUUGCUGGGCUGAGUUGGCCAGACCUCCACCGCCAUGUGCGUAGCACUCAUCACAAGAAGAUGUGCGAUCUCUGCACUCGCAACAAGAAGGUUUUCACCCACGAACAUGAAUUGUUCGCUGAGAAAGAGCUUGAGAGACAUAUGCGCCAUGGCGACGAUCGACCUGGCGCCGUAGACCAGACAGGUUUCAAGGGUCACCCGUUGUGUGCGUUCUGUGGUCAGCGUUUCUACGAUGGAGACAAGCUUUACGAGCAUUGCCGGAAUAAGCAUGAGAGAUGUUUCCUCUGCGAUCGCGAAGACCCGAGGCAGCCUCACUAUUACAUUGACUAUAAUGCUCUCGAACAACAUUUCAAGAAGGACCACUAUCCUUGCAUGGAUCGUGAAUGUCAAGAGAAGAAGUUUGUCGUCUUUGCAUCCGAGAUGGAUCUGAAGGCACACCAGUUGAGUGAACAUGGCAGCUCACUAUCCAAGGAUGUACGUAGAGAUGCUAGGCUUGUCGAUAUGGCAGGCUUUGAUUUCCGCACAUCAUACCAUCAGGAGAGACGCGGGGGUGGAGGCAGGGGCGGUGCUCGCGGACAAGGCGAUAGCGAGAGGGAGCGAAGAGGACGUGGGCGUGAUCCCAAUGCUGAAGCAAUUCCAGCGAGCUCCGCCCAGCCCUUGAGGAGAGAUGAGCUGGCAUUCCAGAGGCAAAUGGCCAUCCACUCGUCUCAGUCCGUAUCAAACCGGACCUUUGGCGGUCAACUAUCACAGCAGUCUGCAGCAACAUCGACUCCGUCAAAUGCAGCUCCUGUAUCAAAUCGCAACCGCGGCACUGCCGCGUCCUCCAGCAACCCAGCUCCGGCUGCAGAGAUGGAAAGUCUUAGUUUGGUAGACCCCGACCUGACAACUGAGGAGCGUGCCCGCCUGAUGCGACAUGCCGCUGUCAUUGAGCGAGCGUCGAAUCUCCUUCAAAAUGACUCGUCAAAGAUUGCACGUUUUCGGACCCUCAUCUCCUCAUAUCAGAACAACAAAACAUCAGCAACGACCCUGGUCGAUUCAUUCUUCUCUCUGUUUGCAGAAACAUCCACCACGGCGCUGGGCACGCUCGUGCGAGAGGUCGCAGACUUGUUCGAGGAUAAAGCUAAAGCAGAAACAUUGCGAAAGGCGUGGAACGAUUGGCGCGCGAUCAAUGAGGACUACCCAACUUUGCCAGCCCUUUCCGGGAUGCAUGGUGCAACUACUUCAAGCAGUGGCUGGGCUGCAGCUGCGUCGACCUCGGCAACAUCUAGCACUGCUGCCCCGGCACAGCGACACACGACACGCGUUUUGAAGCUCAAGAGUUCGACACAGCAGUCCCAACGAUCAUCGCCACAGUCCACAUCAUGGGCGGCAGCAAGUGGGUCGACUCGGCCAUUGCCAGCAGCUGCGUCUUUUCCCGCCUUGCCGACAGCUCGCUCGGGUGCAGCUUCACGCACAACUACCUCAAGUCAGUGGACACCUGGGAACACGUCGCAGCCUGCGCGAACCGCAAGGCCAGCUGGCCGGGAUGAUAACUUUCCGGCCCUCCCAGCAGCGCCAAAGCCAACGACGACAAUUUUUGGCUAUGGCACAGGAGCAGUCAGAAGAGAUACUGGUGGGAGGAAUACUGGGUUCAGCUGGGGUGCAGGUCCUGCGAGCACACCACAAGAUAACCUCACUGGAAACGAAGAGGAGACAGACAGCGGAAAGGGUAAGAAGAAGGGAAAGCAAGGGCGGAAGCAAGUUUUGGUCCAAUGGGGAUAG